CUUUCAGUACUUCCAGAAAGUAGGAAGUGUAGUGUAGGCCUGUGUGUUUUCUUUCGAGUUUGUGUUGGAUCCUUUAUUAUAUUCAUUUGAUCAAUCAGCCCGAAUGAACAUCUUGCACUAUGUCACCAAAAAGCAGGAGAUUUCUCCAAAGUUAAAGAAGCUGAAGAGCAUCAGUGAUGCUGAAUCCCAAGAAGAUGAUGCUGUAGACGGUGCGGAGAAGAUCUUGGACGGUGAAUCUGGUGCAGGUUUAUCACCGUAUGACAAGGAAGAGCUUGAAAAACGUCUGAGUCCUGCACAAUUUCGUGUCACCCAGCAAUUAGGGACAGAGAAACCAUUCUCUGGGAAAUAUGUGAAAUGGAAAGAAGAGGGAGUUUUCAACUGUGUGGUCUGUGGCACACCACUCUUCUCAUCAGAGACAAAGUUUGACUCUGGGUCCGGUUGGCCAGCUUUCUAUGAUGUAAUAUCAAAGGGCAAAGUACUCUUAAAGGAAGAGAAUAUUGGAGGCCUACAGAGGAUGGAAGUAAAAUGCAGAGAAUGUAAAGCCCACCUGGGACACGUGUUUGACGAUGGACCGAAGCCUACAGGCAUUAGGUACUGUGUUAACUCCAACUCUCUUGACUUCAGGAAACACACCACUGUGUAAACUAAAAGGAUCUGUUACAAACUUUGUUGUUCAUUUCUUUAAUGUGCCCCUAAAAUAUUCUUUUUUCUCCUGAGCAGCAACUCAUUUAUGUAUAACUUUUGUUUUUCCUGUUUUGAUUUUGAAGUCAUUGAUAUAACUAGCCAUAUGUUAUAUAAAAAGUUUGAAAGUUACUAGGAUAUUGUUGAAUUUGAGAUUGCACUAUAAUUAGCAGUAUGAAGAGAAAAAAAAUUUCUUUAAAAAAUGGUCUUUAAAGCAUUUGUUAUUCAAUUUCAGAUUAAUGAUGUGGCAUUUUAAAACAAAAAUUUAUUUUAUGUUUCAGACGAUUAUUUCAGUUUAUUAUCCAUACAACCAUGACAAGUUUUCUUGUUCUCUAUACUGAUUUUUUUUUUUUUUACAUUUAUGUUUACUAAUUUUAUUUGCUGUAAAAACAAAUUAUUCAUAAUAAGAUAAAAUCAAAACCUGGGCUAAAAAAAUAA